UAGACCACACUCCUGUAGUCUGCUUUGGUCUGAUCAACCUGAGCCAUAUAGUUCCUCUGCAACCCUCUGCAUGCUUAUCUACAAGGGCCUCCCCCACAUCCAAGUUCAUACUGCUCAGAAACAGUGAGCUUGGAGUGUUCCGUUUAUCUUGAUCUCCCUCUGACAAAGAAAUCCAGAUGACACAGAACCCACUGAAGACGAUACCUGGAAAAUGGCAGUCUUGGAAAUAACUUUGGCUGUCAUCCUGACUCUAUUGGGACUUGCCAUUCUGGCUAUUUUAUUAACAAGAUGGACACGACGCAAGCAAAAUGAAAUUGAUGUCUCAAGAUACAGUUCAGAACAAAGUGCUGGUCUUCUGGACUAUGAGGAUGGUAGAGGAUUCCGGCAUUUGUAUUCAACAGAAAGUGAUGCUUCCUAUGAUGAUCAAGAGGGAUCAAAAGGAGAUUACACACCAUCAACCAACUCCCUAGCACUGUCUCGAUCAAGUAUUGGAGAACAAAGAGCAUUACUGCAAGGAUCCAUAGGUGAUGCAAAAACCUUCAAAGCAACUCCAGAACCUUUAUCUGGCACUGCAGGACCCAUAACUGGAACCAUUGGACCCAUAAUGCAAUUUACAGCACCAAUUCCAGGAGCUACGGGACCUAUCAAGCUAUCUCAAAAAACCAUUGUGCAAACUCCAGGACCUAUUGUGCAAUAUACUGGGACCAGUGCUGAAACUUCAGAAACGACUACUACAAGAUCCUCUUUAGGAUCAACACCUCAGACAAACACCGGAUCAGUUCCACCUGCCCUCACUGGCCCACCACUUUCAAUGCCCAGAGGUGUGCCCCUGCCUCCCAUAAUGAUUUCACAGAGAACCUCAACAAGACCAGAGAAAUCUAAGAUAAAACAAGAAGAGCCAGCCCAUGUAGCAGUACCUAUCAUUACUCCAGUACCUAUUGUAAUUGGUCCAGUAGCAGCUGAAAAGACAACAGAGCCCUGCAGCAGAUAUUCAGCAACCAGAGGAACUGUUCAGAACAUUUCCAAACCUACAUCAUCCAUUAGAUUUGCUGAACCAAUUGCAAAAGCUCCACCACCUCCUUCUGACUCCAUAAAGACAGAUCUUCCUAUUACAGCAGACUAUCUUCUAAAAAGAGAGAGCACAUACUUCCUAAAAGGUCCUAACUCCUUAGAAAAACUGAGGAAAAAAAAAGAUAGAGUUGGGAGAGCCAGUGCAGCACCACCUAUUGGUGUACAACAUAGUGAUUCUCCACAACUCAAUGCUCACCGUGGUAAUUUGAAAGAAAAUGCAAAAACAGAAGUAAAAAGAAACACUAAAGAAGCAAGGAAAACCCCAAAACAUGAUAUUCGUUUGAGAAUUCAGAUAGUUCCAUCCCAAACUAUCCAAAGUGGUCCUAAAUACCAGCAUAAGGGAGAAAUAAGUGGCCCUGAGACCUAUGAAAAGAGACAAAAACAGAAAACUGGAGUGAAAAUUGAAAAGCUUCCUGAGAAAACUCAGAGUAAAGAGGAGAGAAGAGAAAUAGAAGACAAAAGAAAAGAUACCGAGGACAUGGGUAAAGGAAAGGAAAUAGAUAAGGGCCAAUCAAAGAAAGGAAGUGACGUAAAAGAUAAAGGUGAAGAAGAAGAAAGGGUGAACAUGAAAAAGAAGGGAGAUGAGGACAUGGAGGACAAAGACACAAAAGCAGAUAAAGACAAGAAGGAAGGCAAAGGCUUAAAGAAGAAUAAAUACAAGGAGGAGGAAAUGAACAAAAAGAAGGAUAAGGUCAAGAAAGGACAUGAGGAUAAGAUAAAAGGCAUGGACACAAAGGGAGAUAAGGACAGGACAGAGGACAUGGACAAGAAGGGAGAUAAAUAUAUAAAGGAGGAUGAAAACAAGGACAUAAAGGGAUAUGAGGACAGGACAGAGGACAUGGACAAGAAGGGAGAUGAGUAUAUAAAAGAGGAGGAGGACAAGGACUAUAAGGGAGAUGCGGACAGGACAGAGGACAUGGACAAGGAGGGAGAUGAGUAUAUAAAGGAGGAGGAGGACAAGGACUAUAAGGGAGAUGAGGACAGGACAGAGGACAUGGACAAGGAAGGAGAUGAGUAUAUAAAGGAGGAGGAGGACAAGAACUAUAUGGGAUAUGAGGACAGAACAGAAGACAUAGACACAAAGGGAGAUGAGUAUAUAAAGGAGGAUGAAGACAAGGACAAUAAGGAAGAUGAGGACAGGACAGAGGACAUGGACAAGGAAGGAGAUGAGUAUAUAAAGGAGGAGGAGGACAAGAACUAUACGGGAUAUGAGGACAGAACAGAAGACAUAGACACAAAGGGAGAUGAGUAUAUAAAGAAGGAGGAGGACAAGGACUAUAAGGGAUAUGAGGAUGGGACAGAGGACAUGGACAAGAAGGGACAUGAGUAUAUAAAGGAGGAGGAGGAGGAGGACAGGACAGAGGACAUGGACAAGAAUGGAGAGGACUAUAUAAAGAAGGAUGAGGACAAGGACUAUAAGGGAGAGGAGAAUGGGACAAAGGACAUGGGCAAGAAUGAAGGUGAAGGCAAGAGAAAGGACAAGAAUAUGAAAGGAAAUUCUAUGAAAAAAAAGUAUAAAAACAAGGUGGCUAAAGAGAACAAGAAUAUAGACCCAAAAGAAGGCGAAGGAAAGAAAAUGAGCAGUAAAAGAAAGAUCUCAUGGAAGAAAAAAUAACACUAGAUUUCAUAAACUAACAAAACAGAAUUGAAUAAUUUUGCUCUAGCACAUAGACUUCAAAACUAGCUCUCCAUCUUCUGUGAUUGAGAUUAAGAUAAUAUACUCCAUUCUUUUUAGUCACAAAUUUUCUGCUUCUUUGCUUAUAAUCUGGCAAAAGCUCCUUCAUAAAAUGCUUCUUUGUAGAUCCCUCAGUCUCAAACUUCAGCUUCUAAAUAUGAGUUUUUCAGAAUACACACUCACGAUGUAUCAGUCAGGAAAACACAAAUAAAAAUUAAACUCUGAUUAAAGAAAUGUAGAACUA